CUCAAUAAGUAGGUUAGUGGUCCGCUAGUUAUUACACAGAGGAAAGUAGGUCAAAGCGAAAAUAUAUAAUACUGCACAGUGGCGUCCGCAUUCGCUUGGUCAUUCGUGUGCUUUUCUGCCUUCAUGUCCAGUGCUUGUUUGUGUGUUUCAGCUUUCAACAGAAGCCAGAGCUGUGAGGAGACGGCUGCUCUCUGAGAAGAAUUUUGGCCGACAGCCUCAGGAGAUGGUGAAGUGAGAGUGGACCUUGACAACCUCUGUGAUGAUCUGAUGGCAGACCAAAGAAUGGACAUCUCCUCCACGAUGAAUGAGUUCAUGUCCCCCAGUUCCGCAGACCUGAUCUGCAGCUCCAUGGGUUUAGACUACAACCGCAAGAGGAAAAGCAGCUCCUCCGACUAUCAAAUCGAUGGAUUUUCUUUUGAAUCUGAAGCUUCAUGGAUGAGGUUCCUCAUCCCAAACUCACAGCUCUCACAAUCUCCUGAGAUUGAAUGGGACAGUAUGGACACAGAUAUGGAAAAACUUGGAAGUGACUGUGUCGAUCACCAGGGUCGGAUUAAGAAUGCAAGGGAAGCUCACAGUCAGAUAGAGAAGAGACGGAGAGAUAAGAUGAACAACUUCAUCGAUGAACUGGCUUCAUUAGUGCCUACCUGCAACGCCAUGUCUCGGAAACUGGACAAACUCACUGUGCUGCGCAUGGCCGUCCAACAUAUGAAAACACUACGAGGUGCAUCAAACCCUUAUACUGAAGCUAACUAUAAGCCCGCCUUCUUAUCAGACGAUGAACUAAAGCACUUAAUAUUAAAGGCAGCUGAUGGUUUUCUUUUCGUGGUCGGCUGCGAUCGUGGAAAAAUUCUGUUUGUGUCCGAGUCUGUCCACAAAAUUCUGAAUUACAGCCAGAAUGAUCUGAUUGGCCAGAGUUUGUUUGACUAUUUGCAUCCUAAAGACAUAGCAAAAGUGAAGGAGCAGCUCUCCUCGUCUGACACAGCACCGCGGGAGAGACUCAUCGAUGCAAAGACCGGGCUGCCAGUUCGGACGGACAUCACACCCGGUCCCUCCAGACUGCGCUCAGGUGCCCGCCGCUCCUUCUUCUGCAGGAUGAAGUGCAACAGGUCGCUGGUCAAAAUGGAGGACAAAGACUUUGCCUCCACAUGCUCCAAAAAGAAAGCCGAUCGCAAAAGCUUCUGCACCAUCCACAGCACUGGCUAUCUAAAGAGCUGGCCGCCCACUAAAAUUGGCUUAGAUGAAGACAACGAGCCUGAUAAUGAAGGCUGUAAUCUCAGCUGCCUGGUGGCCAUCGGCCGUUUGCAUCCUCACAUUGUCCCUCAGCCCAUGAACGGAGACGUCCGGGUGAAGCCCACUGAGUACAUCUCACGUCACGCCAUUGAUGGGAAGUUUGUCUUUGUGGACCAAAGGGCUACGGCUAUUCUUGCUUAUCUGCCUCAGGAGCUGCUGGGCACAUCGUUCUACGAGUAUUUUCAUCAGGAUGAUAUUGGACAUCUUGCUGAAUGUCAUAGACAGGUAUUACAGAUGAGAGAGAAGAUCAAAACUAACUGUUACAAGUUCAAGAUUAAAGAUGGAUCUUUCAUAACUUUAAGAAGCCGUUGGUUCAGUUUCAUGAACCCUUGGACCAAAGAAGUCGAAUACAUUGUUUCGACUAAUACGGUUGUUUCGAGCAGUUCUCCCGAUGGGUCGGAUCCUGCAUAUCCUCAGCUCACUGCCUCCCCCCAGAGUAUGGACAGUGUCCUUACAGCCGGUGACAGCUCAGGGAAGCGUGCGCUUCAGACUGUGCCCGGGAUCCCUGGAGGCACGAGACCUGGGGCAGGAAAGAUCGGCCGCAUGAUUGCUGAGGAGGUGAUGGAGAUCCAAAGGAUAAGAGGCUCCUCCCCGUCUAGUUGUGGCUCAAGCCCUCUAAAUAUAACCAACGGCACACCCCCUCCUGACACAUCCUCACCUGGAGGCAGAAAGAUUUCCAAUGGUGGGACUCCAGACAUUUCUUCUGCAGGGAUGGUGUCAGGACAGGAUGCUAUAGGAUACCCUUACUCCAACAGCUCUAUUCUAAGUGAUAAUUCACACAUCGGUAUUGGUGACAUCAUGGAUGAGCCUGGCUCCAGCAGCCCCAGCGGUGAUGAGGCUGCCAUGGCGAUCAUCAUGAGCCUUCUGGAAGCGGAUGCUGGUCUGGGAGGUCCAGUGGACUUCAGUGACUUACCCUGGCCACUGUAAGAGCCCUGGAAGACUUUUUCUUCUAUAUGUACAACCUGUCACACUGUCAUCACAAGGUGCAGUGAAAUUCAACAAUCGAUGAAUCGUCAUGGUCUGAUCAUUUUGGUCCUAACCAGCCGAGACUGAUAAGCUACGAGUUACAUUUCUCUUGGUCAGAAAUGCUUUUGCUUUGGCAGUAUUUUAGUUUUACUGAGGACUGAAAAAGUAUCUGGCCUGGCCUGACUGGGACACGUGAAGUGUGCAAAACAACCAUAACACGCCAGUACUGCUUUGAAAAUGUUUUCAUUUUCUUCACAAACAAAAGCAAAACCAUAUACAUUUUUUUCCUGAAUGACGUUUUUAUAGCCAUCUCUAUGAAUUUUUGUUCUUGUUUUCAGCACAUAUUCUUAUAAAAAGUGUAUCAUACUGUAGAUCUGUUUAUUGUAACAAAUAUGACUUCUUUUAUCUGAAUGUAUAUGGUUUAAAUAGACUGAAAAGUG